GCCUGAUACAUCACCUUUUAACUCACUACAUUAUUCUCUCGCUCAAACCAGUUGUUGGCCUGAAUAUACUGAUCGCUCCCAGAUCAGAGGUGACCAUUAAAAUCCAAAGAAGAAGAAGAAGAAAGAAGCACAAACAUGGUGAAGGAACAGUUCAGGGAGACGAAUGUCGCCAACGAGAUCUCCCAUAUAUCUUUUGAGGCGGACAACUCGCAGAAUAUGCUUAUGCAAUCCAGUGUGCAAGUUAUCACUAGAAACUUGUACAAUGAAGAUACGGAGCGUACUCCAUUUAUGCAUGGAAUACUUGACAGACGCAUGGGAGUAAGCUCUAAUGGGACUGAAUGUACUACAUGUGGCAAAAUAUUGCAAGAUUGUGUGGGACACUUUGGUUAUAUAGAUCUGGCGCUACCAAUCUUUCAUGUCGGCCACUUCAGAUCUAUCAUCCAGAUUUUACAAAUGAUUUGCAAGAAUUGCUCUCAUAUUUUAUUAACCACUGAAGAAAGGAACUUUUAUUCGCAAAAAAUACAAAAUCCAAAUUUUGGAUAUUUAAUGCGCAAAGGAUUGCGUAAACAAAUCUGGGAGAAAGCAAAGAAGAAGACAAUCUGUCCAAAUUGUAAAGAAAACAAUGGUCCUGUUAAAAAAGCAGGUUUUCUCAAGAUUGUAUACGAAAGGCAUAAGAACUUAAAGAAAACGGAUCCUCUUAUUCAAGAAAAAUUAGCUGAGUUAGGCCCACUAAUGGAGCAGGAUAAAGAGCUUAAAAGUAUAGUAGAUCAAAAUCACAGAACUGUAUUUGAUCAAUGUCUAUUUCCAAACAUGGUUCUAGAACUUUUCACAAGAAUUCCAGCAAGUGAUGUCUGUUUGUUAUUAAUGAAUCCUAAAUGCGCAGUACCAGCAGAUUUAAUAUUAUCGAGAAUUCCUGUACCACCUGUUUGUAUUAGACCUAGUACUUUAUCAGAUAUAAAGGCUGGUACAAAUGAAGAUUAUCUAACAAUGAAAUUAUCAGAAAUAUCUCUUAUUAAUGAAGUUAUUUAUAAACAAACCAAUGUUAAUGCCAAUAAGUAUGUGGAACAAUGGGAUUAUCUUCAAUUACAUUGUGGUCUGUACAUUAAUAGCGAAAUGUCUGGUAUACCUGCUCACAUGCAACCUAAAAAAUUUGGUAGAGGAAUAGUACAGAGAUUAAAGGGAAAACAAGGUCGUUUCCGAGGUAAUUUGUCCGGCAAACGUGUUGAUUUUUCUUCUCGUACAGUAAUUUCACCCGAUCCGAAUCUUAGAAUAGAUCAAGUUGGCGUACCUAUACAAAUUGCAAUGAUUUUAACAUAUCCUGAAAAAGUUAAUUCCUCAAACAUUGAAUUAAUGCGUGCAUUAGUUAGAAAUGGCCCAAAUGUACACCCUGGAGCGAAUUAUGUACAAUAUAAUAACAAUUCUCAAAAUAAUAGAGUAUUCCUUCAGUAUGGUAAUCGGAUAAAAGCCGCCCAAGAUUUGAAGAAUGGUGACAUUGUUGAAAGACAUCUCAAAGAUAAUGAUUUGGUGCUGUUUAAUCGGCAGCCCUCGUUGCAUAAAUUAAGUAUAAUGGCUCACAGAACCAAAGUAUUGAAGCAUCGAACAUUUAGAUUUAAUGAAUGUUGCUGUGCACCUUACAAUGCGGAUUUUGACGGUGACGAGAUGAAUCUUCAUCUACCACAAACCGAGGAAGCGAAAGCAGAAGCGCUGGUUCUAUUAGCGAACAAAUCCAAUCUGGUUACGCCACGCAACGGCGAUUUGCUAAUAGCGGCAACACAAGAUUUCAUCACUGGUGGAUAUCUUUUGACUCAAAAAGAUGUCUUUUUUGAUAGAGAACAGGUGAAAUUGGCUCUUUGUUUCUUGGCCGGUGCAGACGCAUCUUUGACUGUAACCCUUCCUAUACCCGCAAUUCUGAAACCAGUUAAGUUGUGGACUGGCAAACAAAUAUUCAGUCUGAUUAUUCGGCCAAGUCCUGAAUGUCCUGUUAAAGCAAAUUUAAAGACAAAGGGCAAAACUUAUACUACUGGUGAAGAAUUUUGUAUUAAUGAUUCUUAUGUUAUCAUUCGAAAUUCUGAGCUCUUGGCAGGAGCAAUGGAUGUGUCUACAUUGGGUUCUGGAUCGAAACAAAAUAUAUUUUAUAUUCUGCUGCGUGAUUGGGGUGAAGAUUAUGCAACUGCGUCAAUGUGGCGCUUAACAAGAUUAACAAAUCAUUUUAAUUUUGACAGAGGAAUUUCUAUCGGUCUCAGUGAUCUCAUAGCGAGUCAAGGCCUUGUUCAAGCCAGAGAAAGCAUAUUAAAUACUCAUUACUCCAAAUGCCACGAAUAUAUUAAACUAAUGGAACAAGGUCAACUCGCCUCUCAACCUGGAUGUUCAGUAGAGGAAACACUGGAAACGAAAAUAUUAAAUGAGCUUUCAGUAAUUCGUGAUAACGUUGGUAAAGCAUGCUUGAAGGAAUUGCAUCGUACCAAUACUCCUUUAACUAUGGCACUCUGUGGAAGUAAGGGUAGUUACAUCAACGUUUCGCAAAUGAUCGGCUGUGUAGGUCAACAAGCUAUUAAUGGACAUAGAGUGCCAAAUGGAUUCGAAAAUCGUGCUUUACCUCACGUUUUAGCACAGUUGAGGACACCCGACGUUAAAGGCUUUGUGAAAAAUUCAUUUUAUUCUGGAUUGGGCUCGAAGGAGUUUUAUUUUCAUGCAAUGGGUGGUCGGGAAGGUCUGACAGAUACGGCUGUAAAGACUGCAGAUACUGGAUAUAUGCAAAGGCGAUUAAUCAAGAGUUUAGAAGAUCUGUGCGUUCAUUAUGAUAUGACAGUACGUAAUUCGAUGCGCGAUAUCAUACAAAUAUGCUAUGGUGGUGACAAAUUGGAUCCCACAUACAUGGAAGGUAAAGACUGUCCCGUGGAUUAUAAGAGAGUGUAUGAUCAUGUAAGAGCAAAGUUGCCUUAUAAGAACGAAGAGCCUUUAGAUGCUGUUAGCGUGAUGAGCGCCACAGAGGAUAUGCUAUCUACCGAGGAAUACGAUUGCUUGAGUGAAGAAUUCAAAAAGGAACUAGUUGAAUUCAUGAAAACGGUGGCACAGAAGAUAGCGCAUUAUCGGCAAAACAUUAAAUCGAAAGCAUCUGUGGUUCUACAGCUCGAACGUCUUACCGUCUCGCAAUUGGUCGAAUUUAUACACACGUGCAAGGAAAAGUACAUGAGAGCUGUGAUAGAACCGGGCACUGCCGUAGGUGCACUCGCCGCACAAAGUAUCGGUGAACCUGGAACUUCGAUGACUCUCAAAACAUUUCACUUUGCCGGUGUAGCUUCUAUGAAUAUCACUCAGGGUGUACCGCGUAUUAAGGAAAUUAUCAAUGCGAGUCCGAAGAUCAGUACUCCUAUUAUAACAGCGACAUUGGUUGAUGGUACAGAUUUCGAAGGUGCCGAGCGAGUGAAAGCGAGAAUUCAAAAAACAACACUGAAAGAGAUAGUUGACUGUAUCGAGCAAGUAUAUACGCGCGGGGAUUAUUUCCUUAAGAUAAAAUUAAACAUGGAAAAAAUAAAAUUGUUGAAAUUGGAAGUGAAUGUCAAUUCUAUAUGUUAUAUACUCUGUACGUCAAAAUUGAAGCUGACUCCAAAGAAUGUGCGUGCGAUAGGUGACUCAGUUAUUAUUAUUCAACCAACUAAACAAAAAGAAAAUCCCAAUUUUCCGUUUCGUCGUCUAAUGGAUGCACUUCCAAAAAUUGUAGUGAAGGGCAUGCCAUCAGUUUCUAGAGUGGUUGUACAUGAUGAAACAUCUAAUGGGAAAACCAAAUGGAAAUUGUUCGUCGAGGGAGAUAAUUUUAGAGAAGUUAUGGCAACAUAUGGCGUCCACGGCGAAAAGACGACGUCGAAUAAUACGUUAGAAGUCUUUAAAACACUCGGAAUAGAAGCAGCAAGAACAACUAUCAUGGCAGAAAUCAAAUCGGUAAUGGAAAAUCACGGAAUCAGUGUUGAUCGUCGACAUCUAAUACUUCUGGCAGAUUUAAUGACCUGUAGAGGAGAAGUACUUGGUAUUACAAGACAAGGCUUAGACAAGAUGAAAGAAUCAGUUUUAAACCUUGCAUCGUUUGAGAAAACUGCUGACCAUCUAUUUGAUUCAGCAUAUUAUGGACAGAGAGAUGCUAUAUGUGGUGUAUCGGAAUCAAUAAUAAUGGGUAUUCCAAUUCCAGUGGGCACAGGAAUGUUCAAAUUACUUCAAAAAGCAUACAAAUCUGAACCACAAAAGAGGGAACUUCUAUUUGAUAAUCCACAAUUUCACAAGCAAGUUCAUUAUGGAAAGCGACUUGUGCGACCACGACCCCGUCCAAUAUUGUAGGCAUUAUAAAAAUAAGAUGUACACAUAAAAUAUAUUUUAUAAAAACAAAAAUAUUUACUGUAGCAGAAAAAAUUUUUUUACUUUCAA